UGCCAUCUCUUGCUCGCUGGCGUUGCCGGACGGCUGCACUAAACAGCUGUUCGAAUUUCGGCGGCAUUUCAUUUCAUUGGUAAUUGUUAUUUCUUCAACAAAAACAUGGUAAAAACUAAGGGAAAUCAAAAGAAAUUCGGCAUGCAUCCACGUAACGUGUUACGCACGCAGCCGGACUAUACAAAAAUGGCUAUAAAAUACAAAGAUUUUCGAGCGCAGUGCCAGUUGGAGCUCAAUGGCAAGGUUUCUGUGAACUUUCGCAAUGAAAAGACCCUGCGUGAGUUGACCAAAAUGCUGUUAAAGGAAUACUACGAUUUAGACGUGGAUUUUGCACCCGGCAGUUUGGUGCCCACUUUGGCACUCCGUUUGAAUUACAUUUUGUGGCUGGAGGAUCUAAUGGAGCCUCUAAAUUUGCAGGACAUACGUGGUAUAGACAUAGGUUGCGGUUCCUCCUGCAUUUACUCGCUCCUAGGAGCCAAGAAAAAUGGUUGGCACAUGUUGGCUCUGGAAUCGAAACCCCAAAACAUAGAAUACGCCAUCGAGAAUGUAAAGAAAAAUCGCUUGGAAAGCCUUAUAGAAGUCUAUGCUCAAGCAGACAAAACGAACAUCUUUAAGGGCUAUUUUGAGCAGGAUCAGCGAAUGUCAGUGUAUCAGUUUUGCCUGUGCAAUCCACCUUUCUUCGACUCGAACUUGCCAAAUCCCUUUGGCGGCAAUACCAGGAAUCCCGAGAGACGACCAGCACCCAAUAAUGCCAGGACUGGAAGCCAGGAGGAACUCACGUGCGUGGGCGGCGAGGUACAGUUUGUGCAACGCAUCAUAGACGAGAGUCUGGAACACAAGGAGCGUGUGCGAAUCUUCACCACGAUGCUGGGCGUCAAGGCCAACGUUCCAAGAAUACUAGAUUACCUAAAGAAGCUGCAGGUGGCGAAUGUCACCACCACGGAAUUCCAUCAGGGACACACGACACGAUGGGCGGUAGCCUGGAGCUUUCACUCGGAGCCACUAAGGCAGGCAACAUCAUAAGAUGUUGUUACCAUUAGCUUUUGCAGAGUAUCUUCUUUUUGGUUAAGGCAAUGUGGUUGUACAUCGGCAUCGCAUAAAGCAGUAGUUUUAAUAUACAAGUUGUUGAGGAAUUACUGAAACUUUCAAAUUAACUCUGACCUUCACCUCGGCUCAUCCAAAAAAGUGACUCCAUUACAAG